CCUUCAGAGAGAAGGGGUUGAGGCGUUUUGAGCAAAUCUUAUUGGUAAAGUCGUGUAUGUAUUGCUUUUUUUUUUUUUUUUUUAAACCAUUUCCUUUCAGUUUUAACCAUAUUAUUGUGUCGGCAAACAGUUUGCACUCAGUUUGUCAGCAGAGCGGCUUUCCGUUUUGAUAAUUUAGGACUGUAACUUUGUCUCUGAAAAAAGGACAUGCUUGAUAAGCUAGUUCAGUUUUAAGAUGUUUUACUUAGAAGAUGAUAGUGAAGAUGCGGAGGAGGAGAAGGUUCAUGAAGACUCACUAAGUAAAACUGAAGGUAUUUACCAUGGAAAGGCCCCUGCUGGUAUCCUGUUUCAAACCAUGAAUUAUGUGGGACAGCUGGCUGGGCAGGUGAUUGUCACUGUGAAGGAACUCUACAAGGGCAUUAACCAAGCCACUUUGUCCGGGUGCAUCGACGUCAUUGUGGUGCGGCAGCAGGAUGGCACCUAUCAGUGCUCGCCUUUUCACGUUCGGUUUGGGAAGCUGGGGGUCCUGAGAUCCAAAGAGAAAGUGAUUGAUAUAGAAAUCAAUGGCGAUGCAGUGGAUCUUCACAUGAAGUUGGGUGACAAUGGGGAAGCUUUCUUUGUGGAGGAGACUGAAGAGGAAUAUGAAAAGCUCCCUGCUUACCUUGCCACCUCACCAAUUCCUACUGAAGAUCAGUUCUUUAAAGAUACUGAUGCCCCUUUGGUGAAGUCUGGUGGAAAUGAAAGACCAUCUCAGAAUUCAGACAUCUCACACAUCUUGGAAACAGAAACGGUUUUCACUUCAAGUUCUGUGAAAAAGAAAAAACGAAGGAGAAAGAAAUGCAAACAGGACAGUAAGAAGGAAGACCAGACUGCUUCUGCUGCUGCUGCUGCAGAGGAUACCGUGGAUGUGGAAAUGAGCUCUGAUGACGACAAGGGGGCCCAGUCAGCAAGAGGAUCUUCAAAUGCUUCCUUAAAGGAAGAUGACUAUAAGGAACCCUUGCUCUUCCAUUCUGGGGAUCACUACCCUUUAUCUGACGGAGACUGGUCCCCUUUAGACAACCCCUAUUCCCCAGCAGCAGUGUGUCCUAAGAGUGAUUCAGAGCUGGAGGUGAAACCUGCCGAGAGCCUGCUCAGAUCUGAGUCCCACAUGGAGUGGACGUGGGGUGGGUUCCCAGAGUCCACCAAGGUCAGCAAAAGAGAGAGAUCUGACCAUCAUCCUAGGACAGCUACAAUUACACCAUCCGAAAAUACCCAUUUUCGGGUAAUUCCCAGUGAGGACAACCUCAUAAGUGAAGUUGAAAAAGAUGCUUCCAUGGGAGAAACGGUCUGUACCAUAGUGAAACCCAAACCUAGAGCCCUGUGUAAGCAGAUGAGCAGUGCAACUUCUGCUGCAGAACUUCUCGAACCUCCCCUGGAGCCUCCUCAGAUUUCAUCUAUGUUAGAUGCAGACCACCUUCCUAACCCGUCAUUAGUGGAGGCCCCCUCAGAAUCAAAACCUGCAGCGAAAGUAGACUCACCAUCAAAGAAGAAAGGGGUCCACAAGAGAAGCCAGCACCAGGGACCUGAUGAUAUUUACCUGGAUGACUUAAAGGCUCUAGAACCUGAAGUUGCAGCUCUCUAUUUCCCUAAGAGUGACUCGGACCCUGGCUCCCGGCAGUGGCCUGAGUCUGACACGCUCUCUGGCUCCCAGUCCCCACAGUCCGUGGGAAGUGCGGCUGCAGAUAGCGGCACCGAGUGCCUCUCAGAUUCUGCCAUGGACUUGCCAGAUGUCACCCUCUCCCUUUGUGGGGGUCUCAGUGAGAACGGAGAAAUUUCCAAAGAAAAAUUCAUGGAGCAUAUCAUUACUUAUCAUGAAUUUGCAGAAAACCCUGGGCUUAUAGACAAUCCUAACCUUGUAAUACGGAUAUAUAACCGUUACUAUAACUGGGCUUUGGCUGCUCCCAUGAUCCUUAGCUUGCAAGUAUUCCAGAAGAGUCUGCCAAAGGCCACAGUCGAGUCCUGGGUCAAAGAUAAAAUGCCAAAGAAGUCUGGUCGCUGGUGGUUUUGGCGUAAGAGAGAAAGCAUGACGAAACAGCUGCCAGAGGCCAAGGAAGGGAAAUCUGAUAUGCCGCCAACCAGUGACCUGGCAUCGAGCGCAAAGGAGCCAGCCAGUGGCAGGCCGACUGAGGAUGACUCAUCGAGUGAUGAGGGGUCACAGGAGCUCGAAGAGUCCAUCAAAGUGGACCCUGUUCCCACAGAGCCCCCAAGCCAUGGCGGCACGACCUCAUAUAAGAAGUCUCUUCGACUCUCUUCGGACCAGAUUGCAAAACUGAAGCUCCAAGAUGGCCCAAAUGAUGUUGUGUUUAGUAUUACAACCCAGUAUCAAGGUACCUGCCGCUGUGCGGGAACCAUUUACUUGUGGAACUGGAAUGACAAGGUCAUCAUUUCUGAUAUUGAUGGAACAAUAACCAAGUCUGAUGCUUUAGGGCAGAUUCUUCCACAGCUGGGUAAAGACUGGACUCAUCAGGGUAUAGCAAAGCUCUACCAUUCCAUCAACGAGAACGGCUACAAGUUUCUGUACUGCUCCGCUCGUGCCAUCGGCAUGGCUGACAUGACCCGUGGCUACCUGCACUGGGUCAAUGACAAGGGCACAAUCUUACCUCGGGGCCCUCUGAUGUUGUCCCCCAGCAGCUUGUUCUCUGCCUUCCACAGGGAAGUGAUAGAAAAGAAGCCAGAGAAAUUCAAAAUUGAGUGUCUAAAUGAUAUCAAGAAUCUGUUUGCCCCAUCUAAGCAGCCCUUCUAUGCUGCCUUUGGAAACCGUCCAAAUGAUGUCUAUGCUUACACACAAGUGGGAGUUCCAGACUGCAGAAUAUUCACCGUGAACCCCAAGGGUGAAUUAAUACAAGAAAGGACCAAAGGAAACAAGUCCUCGUAUCACAGACUGAGCGAGCUCGUGGAGCAUGUGUUCCCGCUUCUCAACAAGGAACAGAAUUCCGCCUUUCCCUGCCCGGAGUUCAGCUCCUUCUGCUACUGGCGAGACCCGAUCCCCCAAGUGGACCUGGAUGACCUGGCAUGAAGCGGCACCUCCCAGGGAGGUCCUCAGGCACACGCCUCACAGCAAGGGAAGGUGACCAGCACUUCUGCUGGACAGAGGCCACUGGGCUACCCUCCAAGCCACAGGUGCAGGACAAGACACGUGUUGACAGCCAGGCACCAGCAGGCACUGGGAGAGCUCCUGGCACUGGAACUGUUGUCCUCCUUCCCCUUCCCGGGCCUGGCAGGGUUGCUGCUCAGAGCCCUGGGCAGGUGGGG